AUGACUGCUGGCGUUUCUAAAGAUGUAAGACACGAAAUUCGGACUACUUUCAAUCAAAAUUUCGCUCAUAUACUGCGCAGAUUCUGCUCUUCAAGCAGUGUGAAAUUGGAAAAUGGUAAUUCAAUGGAAGACAAGGUCAGAUUCAGAAAGAAAAAACGAUUACUUUGCAACACUUAUCAACCGCAUCGAGCCGUCGGUAUGCUACUUGUGGAUUGGAUAUUUCUGGCGGGUUUAGGUGUUGCUAUGGCUGUGCUUUCGUUAAUUCUCGAUUAUGGAGUCGAUAAGCUUCAGACAUAUCAUGUGGUAGUAAUGGAAAAUUUUAAUAUUACCAAAUAUGAGACAACUAACACGUUGAUGCCUUAUGCAGCGUGGCUAAUUUAUACAAUGGUGCUUCUAAUGCUCGCCACAGCUAUCGUACAUUACCUAUCUAUCAACGCUAUGGGGUCUGGAAUACCAGAAGUGAAAACAAUACUGCAGGGUGUACGUCUCGAAAAACAUUUAACAUUUCGUACUUUGAUAUCCAAACUGAUCGGUUUAAUGCUUGCAAUUGGAAGUGGUUUUCCGAUUGGCAAAGAGGGACCAUUUGUGCACAUGGGUUCCAUAGUAGCACAUCUAAUGAGACGUUUGGUAGAAGGAAUCAAGCCUGCUUACGCGAACGAGUCCAGAAGUUACGAGCUACUUGCUGCAGGCUGCGCUGCAGGUGUCGCGGCAACCUUUUCUGCGCCUGUUGGAGGAGUACUAUUUUCGAUUGAAGUAACAACUGCAUAUUUUGCGGUUCGCGAUUAUUGGCGUGGAUUCUUCGCAGCUGCAUGCGGUGCAGCAACAUUUUCUCUUCUGCGACUGUGGAUCAAUCCAUUUGAAGUGACAGUGGCAGCACUUUUCCAAACAAAAUUCAGACAUCUGUCAUAUUACCCUGAAGAACUGCUCAUUUUCGCAUGCAUCGGUGGUAUAUGUGGCUUGGCUGGUGCGCUGUUUAUCUUUAUCCAUCGUCGAUAUGUGCUGUUCCUUCGAAGGAAUAACUUCAUGAAGCGACUAUUUCAAAGACACUGGAUAGUUUAUCCGCUCACAAUUUCCAUCCUUUAUUCGACCAUAACGUAUCCGCAUGGUUUGGGACAGUACUUCACUGGACAGAUUGCAUUUGCACGAUCAUUGCGUGAUUUUUUUGCUAACUGCACGUGGCACGUAAAUCCGUCACACGUAGAGGCGUGUAGUGAAUUUUUAGUAAUGCGUUGGAAAAUAUAUGAUUCCGUGUUCAUUGAGCUCGGAGUUUUCAUCGCUGGUUUCUAUUUUUUGGUAAUCGUUGCGAGCACAUUGCCAGUGCCAACAGGUAUUUUCAUGCCGGCAUUCGUUAUCGGUGCAGCAAUAGGUCGUUUCAUUGGUGAACUGAUGGCACUUGGCUACCCAAACGGACUCCGUAACGACCAGCAACUGCUGAUUCUGCCUGGCAUCUACUCAGUCGUUGGAGCGGUGUCAUUUUGUGGAGCAGUAACACAUACCGUUUCUGUUUCUGUGAUCGCUUUUGAAUUAACUGGUCAACUGCUGCAUAUACUUCCUGUUAUGAUAUCAGUAUUGCUAUCAAAUAUUGUUUGUUCAUCACUUCAACCUUCAUUCUUCGAUAGUAUCAUCAAAAUCAAACAUUUGCCGUACUUUCCAGAUAUCCCGAAAUCGACAUCAUGGGUGCACGAAAUACGUGUAGAACAAAUCAUGGUAAAAAAUGUGAAAUUCUUGACGAAACAGAGUACUUAUUACGAGCUUCAAGAGUUGCUUAUCACCACACAUAAGUUAAUGGCAUAUCCAUUGGUCGAUAAUCCAUCGUCUAUGAUAUUAUUGGGGUCAGUAAGUCGAGAAAAUCUGCUUUGUUUGUUGAAUCAGAUCGUUGGAGAUGAAGCGCGACGUGCGGAGUAUUUGCGAAGAAUGCAGUUGCAGAACGAAUUUCACGAGACCAUGGAAGAUGGGGCCUGUAAGGAUGGAUCUCUUGUUAACUUCUCCAUCGCGUCGGUUUUUCCGAAAAUCUCAUUCCCGGAAGUCAGGAAAUGUCCAAAUUCGGAGGAUAUGCAACGAUCGCGAACCGGAUCAUUAGAAUUGGGUAUCAAUCGAGAACCGCAAUUAAAGACAUCAGUCAGCGAAUACAAUAUGCGAGAAUCUGAAAAGAGAGAAGAAAAACAAAAUUUGAAUCAAAUGGAUCAAUUAAAUUCGGGACACGAUUUUCGUGAAACUCUUGGCAGUAUGUUUGAGAAAAUUACACAAACAUUUCGCACUCGAAAAAGAGAGGAGCCGGAGGAUUUAAAUAAGGAAGAACGCCAGAUCUGGGAAAAACAACAACUCAGCAAGGAAAUUAAUUUUUCAUAUACGACCAUCGAUCCUGCACCUUUCCAGUUGGUGGAGGACACAUCCUUAUACAAAGUUCACUCAAUUUUUUCACUACUUGGCAUACGACGAGCUUAUGUCACCAAAUGUGGUGUUCUUGUAGGUGUGGUGGCUGCGAAAGAGAUAGCAUCAGCAAUUGAACGAAUACAAGCAGGAACUCUGACCGCGGUCACAAAACGGCCAAAGGACGAUGAAUACGAUCAAAAGGACACUACCGAGGCAACAUUUGACUUACUGGAAAGCAGUGAAAGUGACACCGACAAUGAAGAUAUCAUUUUACCAAGAAUAGAAUUUGACAAAACUACAAACAGUGAAAUUCUGGAAGCAAAAUUUGCAGCACUGCAAGCUUCAAUUGGAGGAGGAAUAUCGAAUGAAGAUCGUCGCAAGAGCUAUCCGCAUUUUCCGGGAAAAUCUUGUCGAAGUUUCCGAGCGCCAAGAUAUGAGAGAAAGAGUUGCGAUAUAAUCCUGGAGAAACUAUCAAGUGCGGAUGAACAAUUUGCAAAACAGAACUUUUGCCGUAUGGUCGAAAAAUUCCGAAGAUUUCGAGAUUCAAUUUCUGAAUCUGCACUACCGAAAACUUCUUCUCAAGAAAGCUUGGACUCAGACAGUCGUACAAGUGAUCAUUUCAUUAAAUCAUUCAACAAAAGCUUAGCCUUCGACAUCCAUCGAAAAUCGCCUUAUAACAAUAAAUCAAACGAAGCAGUUGGAACUUCUGUACCACAACUAAAGGUUGCUUCACCGUGGUUUAACCCGAAUUCGACAGUUGCUCAUGAUUUGUUUAUCAGAAAUGACCCAGAAUGUGAAAUAGAUGAUUCAGUUACCAUCGUCUCUGCCGUCAUGGAAUGUUUUCCGGAACAAAACUCGUCAAUAAGCUUUGUGGAGUCGGAUGCGAAAUGCAGUAGCUCUGUUAAGAAGGAUGAAGAAAAAUGA